UCACACAGUGAUACACCGUCGUACAAAAACCUCCUCAGCUGAAGAGGAACUGAUCUCACUCAACAGCUGAAUAGAAAUAGAAGAAAUGUGCAGUACUCACAGAUGGCCAUGGGGUUGAAGGGAGGCGCUCUUCUGCACUAGCAGCUGUGAAGAAGAUGGGAGCAACCAGGUCUGAACACCUAAUACCUGUGACAGUCAGCAGAAAGGGCGUGGCCUCCCGCAAAAUAACAGAAGACAAAUCAAUGUAGGGAUUUAGAUAUUGAUUAAUGAAAUACCAGUUGGGAGAAUGAAUCGAUAAAAAGAGACAUAAAUACUUAAAAUCAGAUGCGAUAAAAACAAAAAACGUUCUCAUAAAAUAUGAAACUAACUAUACCUAAGGCUUAAGCUAACAUAUUGCUAAUUGGCACUUAAUACAAAAUUCAACUUAGGCUGAUGAGCAAAUUCUCCUCAUCUUCACCAUUGUGCAUCCGGACCCUCGUCUUCAUUCCUCUGCUCCUUAUCCAUCCAGUUCAGGGCUCAUAUUUUUGUUGUUGAUUGUAGCACGUUAACAUGUAAAAAUGUUCUAAUUAGCACUACAUACAAGGUAUAGUCGAGACUGGUGGGACUGACGUUUGUUUUUAAAUAUCUACUAAACCAAAAAGUACAAAUUUAACUAAUUUAAAUUUUGACCUGAUGCCAAAUGAGAAGUCAGGCGAUCAUCAACGUUGUCACAGUUUAUCCUCUGGGGAACAUGAGUGUUAGUACCAAAUGUCAUGGAGAUCAAUCGUUGUUGAGAUAUCUCACUCUGGACCAAACAGGCCCACAGACCCACCAUGACAUCCUAACAGCUGCUAGCAUUGCUAAAAAUAAAGUGAAGAUACAUGAGAAAACGUGACCAUAACAGCUGUAGAGAUUUACAACAGUUUUACUAUUAUUUUAGUCUGCAAUCAAAUUCAUCUCAUCUAUUUUGUUCUUUUUCUUGAGUUGAUUGAGAAGGAUCAUAAAUCGAUUCAUCCAGAAGACACUGUGAAGACCAGACACACAGAAACACAACAAAUCACUGGAAACGGUUGCACAUCUUCCUGUAAAUAAAUAGUCAAUGUUUUGUUGUUUUUACCGUAAAUAACGUGACAUAAUAAACGUCAGAAAGCGACUUAAAGCACACCACAACAAGACAGGAUAACUCACAGCUUUGCCUUCAAAAUAAGAGACUUGCUGUUUUCAUGCCAUUUGUUCUUAGACCUGCACUCUGUCAUUUUUUUUAACACAAUAUGCGAAUUAACUGCAACUUUCCUAAACUAAUGAUGUUAAUCUGUUUGUUUGUUUUCUUUAGUAGACUUUACUAACAUAAAGUUUCAUGUUUUAAGUUGACAUAGUUGUUUCUUGCAGUACUUUAUUCCUGUCAGUAGUCCUUGUUUGUAAAAUAUGUUGGUAGGCAGACGACAUUACGUCCAUUCAUUUGUAAGUCAUUUAUUCUGCGACAUCUGUGUGCAAAACAUUCAGAUGUCGCAAAUGUUGAAUACGAAAAAAAGUGCAGUGAAGCCUUCACAAUAGUGGUAUCAUUGUUUUUUUAAAUAGUGGAGUUUAAGAAAGGAUAUUUACUCAACGACCGACUUAUGCAGCACCAGUGCAUCGUUGGAGCUUUUAUUUUGACACAAAUGACCUGAACACAUCUGGGGCUGUUCUUCGGGGUGCUUGACUCCACAUGCUGCAGCACAGACGGUUUACAGAGAGUAGAAACAGGGACAGGAGGGGCACUCACAGCUUGACUGGGAGUUUUGUUUUCCCUCUCACUCCACACAGAAACUUGUUUUAAAACUUUUAAUAUCAAUACUUUUUUUUUUUUGUUCCUCCACCGCUGCAAUGUCGUCCACCGGGAGCUCCCUGGCCUGUGAGGGGAUGUACUCCAAACUGAUAGACGACGAGGACGCAUAUGACGAUCUGAACCGCAGGCCAGAUGUGGGGCUCAGCGCUCACCCAGUCUCCCCAAUCAGACUGAUCCCCAGGCCGAGCGGCCCCGGGCCCUACCGCCUCGCCACCAUCUGCCUGGCUACGCUGUGUGCCGUCCUGCUGAUCUCCAUCAUAGCCGUCACCGCACACUAUAAGAACAAACCUCAGAGAGAUGGAGAAGUGACCUCAGAGAUGCAGAAGCAGACGCAGGACUCGGACACGUCAGCUUUGACUGCCUCCAUCAGCAAACUGCAGGAGGAGAGAAAACAGCUGCAGAAAGAGAAGAACGAGCUUCUGGCCAAACUGGACACAAUGAUAGCCACUAAAGCUCCUGAGGUGAUCAAACCCACGACGAAGGCCCCGAUCGUCUGCCCCGUGGACUGGCAUCUCUUCAACAACAGCUGUUACUUCAUCUCCAGAACCACGAGGGAUUGGCCCGAGAGCAAGUCGUACUGCCAGAGCCAAGGAGCUUACCUGGCCAUCAUCCACACGGCGGAGGAGCAGUCGUUUCUGUGGGAUCAUCUUCCCAGAGGCCACUGGAACGCCUACUGGUUCGGGAUCACUGACGGGCACACAGAGGAUGAGUGGAAAUGGGUGGAUGACACCCCGCUGGACGGAGGUUUUUGGGAGGUCGGCGAGCCCAACAACCACAUCAACGAGGACUGUGGCUACAUUGUGAAAACACGCGUGUUGGAGCGAGUGGCGAUCCGGAGCUGGUACGAUGCCCCCUGCACCAUGUACUUGCCCUUCAUCUGUGAGAAAGACAUGGCCGCCGUCGCCAGCUCCGCCGUACCACACUGAGACAUCAGCGCCGCUCUGGUCGUCUGUAGUUUGUCCCCUGCAGGCAUGAAAGCAACUUAAAAACUGACACAAUACAGUCAGAUAUUUCAGGUUUACGGGAUGAAUAUAAGAUGAAUGAAAUUUAAUGAACUUCUCUCCUUUUAUUGUAUCAAAAGCACUGGUCUGUAUGUUUUAGAUAUUCCGUAUAUUCUCGGUCACUGAUCUUGUGAUGAAUAUCGGUAUUUAAAGAUGCAAUGCGUAAGAUCUGUCCAGAAGUUUAGUUAAAAAACAUUCAAAAAUUAGCUAACAUCCUAUAACAGCAUGUGAAGAGGUUGAAGUGUUGUCUGUGUUGUGUUGCAGAGAUGUCUACUGAAGUUAGCAUGCUAACCAGCUAGCACCGGCCCGUCCUGUCGUGUGAUUCCACUUAAAACCUGGAGAGGUGAUAGUGAGUCGCUGUAGCGUCCAGUCUGUCCUCAGUCCAACAUGAGAGGAAGUAGAGCUACAGUCAUGUUGAGUUACUAAUAUUCACGUGUGGCUUCGGCAGUUGUUUUUUAUAGCAGCAGUCUGGUUGAAUUGGUGUGUCUUCUUGCAUUGCUGUUAGUUAGUAGUUGACUGUAAAUUGAGAUUUACAGGACCCUGAGGUGAAAUGCUGCUCCCUAUUUGUUUUGAGUAUGUGGCCAAAUCUUACUCAUUGCAUCUUUAAAGAAACUCCUGUGAGAUUAUUAUGGAACUGUUCCUUUUUAGGUCUUUAGAAGUACAAUAAAUAAACACAAAGGUAACAUUUAGAUUGUAGAACUUCACAUCAAGUCCAGUUAGACUGAAGAGGUUUUUUCAUCACGUUUCCUUGUAAAUUGAAGGAUGUUGCAGCCUGAGAGGAAGACUCAAUUAUCAGGGUUGAAUAAUACUACUGCUAAUAAUUAUCCAUCAAGUAUCAGAUCACAACUACCGAACCUCCUUGAAUGAGGGCUGUGGUGCUUCUUUGGCUUUAUGUUACCAAAGGUGUUUCAUAUGGUUUUACUUUUGUUUCUUUGCCUUUUACUACAUAAUCGAUUCGUUUUUUGUUUUGUUUUGUUUUGAUCAGGGAUUCAAGAUAAUUAUCAAUGUUAUCAUUUAUUUUUUUACAUAAUAAAUGAACUUUUUAGUGUUUAUAAUAGAUGUAUGUUAACUGUACAAGUAUCAUGAUGGUAACUGUGCACACGUGUGAUUAAGAAUGAUCAUUUUGAAUAUAAUGCACUUUUAAAUAAAGUUUCAUACUUUUUUUUGUUUUCCAUUUGAAUGUAACGUGAAUCAAAUAUUUGAAAUUAUGCAGAAACAUGUCCUGUGGAUCUUGUAAAUAAAUAAUAAUGAUAAUUG